AUGGAGACCCUCAUCGGCCCGUUUCGUCCUCCGCUACGCUCUCUGAAAUGGCGCAAAGAAUUUUCUACCCGUCAGACGACCCUCUAUCACGGACAGGAUAAUCGAUUACGCGUCCCCGCCGAUGGAUCAGUGAUUGACGAGUUCUUCCACAGAGUUAACCCAAAUCUAUCUCCACCCCGGCGCCAUGAGCUGCUGAAACUCUUUCUUGAACAGACUGGAGCCCUGCGUUCGUUCACAGACAUUAUCGGGGGCGGCCAAAGUUCACCAGCAGAUAGACGAGUGCUUGCUGUGAUCGAUGACCGGUGUGAUCCAUGCUUAAAGAUUAUGAGCAUGCCAGAAAGUGCGUCUUUCCUGUCAGUUCGACAAUGGGGGUCCGAAGAGUAUAUGCGACGCCCUCCUGAGGGGUUGAAUGUUCGUGUCUGCGGCGUGGAUGCGGAGACACUCUACACGCAUCUUAAUCAAGAUAGAUCAGGUCGUGCAGAGCGCCGAAUCAUAUAUAUGGUCGAUUUGACACCUCUGGUGGCCCUCGCGUUGAUCUCGAACGUCAAUUAUAUGCAUCUUCCCCAGGUGCGGUCAUUUCUGUCACGAUACGUGGCGUUUGACUCGUACAUGGGAGUCUCGCAGACGCGUGAAUUCACCCUUGAAUUCCACCUGCCGCAUUACGCCCUUCGACGAGACGACUACCGACUCCAAGACAAUCGACGACUUCGGAAACACCGUCUCUUUCGUCUUUCUGGUCAGGAUGCCGUUUACGAGGCCCAACUAUCCCUGAUCGUGUUCGAGGUUGAUGACUUCUUCUGGACCGCCUUUUUCUGUGAGGAUGCGUACUUCCGAGCCAGCAACCCGAUCGCCGAGUACCUCCAGGAUGAGGUGGAUGGGCCAUCGUCGGGUCUGCGGAUGAGCCGGUUUCCUAUUUGGGACCCUCAAUACUAUUUCCUUUCCAUCUUAGUCAUUCGCAUAGGUCAGAUCACAAUGGAAUGGGCGGUCUUGAUGGAGAUCAUCGCGGGGAAUCUUGACAAGCACGAUGACUUAUUCCUGGAGGACGACCCGUCUCUGAGAAAAACGAAAGAAUAUACUUGGAUCCUAGGCACAUUACGGAGGCUUCGUAACCUAUUAGCCAGAGUAAUCGCGACGCUAGUCUCCUUUGACGCGAACAAUGGCGUCUAUUUUGAACUUGAAGCCGAGGGCGCCCUGUACGACAGGUUCCGCGAGUGUUUUUAUCAGGUGCGCCAAUUUACCGCCGAGCUGGCUACCGUCCAGAUGAUUUUGGACCAGCAGAUCGAAACAUUGGAGAAGAUGUCGGAUGUGCUGGUGAAUGCUUCCUCCCUCGCAGAGAGUAUCACGGCCACCCGCCAGGGGGACAAUAUCCGUCUUUUGACGUAUAUCAGUAUAAUAUACCUCCCUGUGACUCUGGUGACGGGUAUCUUCAGUAUGAACCAAGUCGGCAGCGAGAACGCAUGGUGGAAAUACUGGCUUUGUCUCAUCUGUCUCACAGGUGGCACAAUCACAGCAGCCGUGGGACUGCAGACGAUACUUCCCCGGUGGGGACAUGGGCAAGGGAAACAAGUUUGA